AUGAGACCCCCAUUGCUCCGACACCAUCUGUUGGCUUUAGCAGUGUGGAUCAACCUUUUGAUCUUUUCUCACGCCGCUCAAGAUAUUAAUGGAAAGGCUGUUCUCAAACUUGGAGAUAUCGUCCCAGUUGAUACUCCAGGCAGCUACUACUCGGAACUCCAUCCCUGUCCGGCAGCCUGCCUGGACAACAAGCCCAAUAACUGGACUGUGUACUCUUCAGUCAAUCGUCUGAAUGUCUGCAGUCAACCAAUGCUUUUUGAGGUGGGCAUUCACAAGCCUGUUGACAAAGGAAAUGGUGUCAGAUUGCAUGCAUGCACAGUUGGUGAUAGCCGCAAUGCCAACACCACUGUGAAUGCGCUCUUUGAAGCUUCUGGCGAAGCCAAAAACUUGACCAAGCGCGCAAAUCCCAGGUGCGUAGCUGCUACUGCUACUACCAAGGUUGCCCUCACAUAUGGGCAGCAGGGCCCGAGCGACGCUCCUGGUGAUGGUGCCGUGGUAGCCUUGGAGAGCCUGCAGCAUUACUUGGAAGACGACUCAAACUGUGACUCCUCCAUUUUGUUCUCAUACUCCAAUGGCACAGCAGCUGGCAUUUACCUGGGCUCCUCAUUUGACAAACGCACAGUCAAGCCCUUGGUCUCCCAGCUCGUUGAUCACAUCAAGACGUCCAACCCAGCAGGCUACAUGGCUGUUCAAUUGUGCGGUGAUGAGCGCAACUCGAAUCAUGUUCUGGGUCUUGCUGUUGAUACAUCGGGAAACGUCGCCUCAGUGCAGAGCGCCAUUCGUUCUUGGUCCAAGGCAGAAUGUGUCAGCGGACUGGACUCGUCUUCCGUCUGGGAAGACGUGCAUAUAUGGGAGUCUACCGCAGACUUGCAGCCAAUCAGUCAAGCAGCUGAGCGUGAUCUAGAAGCACGAGCAGAAUGUUCGACAAUCCGGGUGGGCGCAAAUGAAUACUGUCCUGCCCUGGCUUCACGAUGUGGGAUCAGUCUAGCCACCUUCCAAAAGUAUAACCCGGGCUCAACUUUUUGCAAUAAGCUCGCGCAAGGUCAGCCUGUCUGUUGUACUGCUGGUACAUUACCGGACAUCACCCCAAAGCCUGAAGCAGACGGCACUUGCAACACUUACACCGUACAGCUUGGCGAUGAUUGUUCGAAACUCGCUGCAACAUAUGGGUUGACCGAAAAGAAAAUUGACGAGUUCAACAACGGCACCACAUGGGGUUGGAACGGGUGUGGGGAUCUUGAUGCUCACAUCAACAUUUGCCUCAGUGAAGGAAAGCCCCCCAUGCCGGCUCCAAUCUCCAACGCCCUGUGUGGGCCAACCAAGCCCGGUUCCCAAAAGCCUACCGAUGAUACAGAACUUGCAGAUUUGAACCCUUGCCCGCUGAAUGUGUGCUGCAACAUAUGGGGCCAGUGUGGUAUUACUCAGGAGUUCUGUCUCAAGGAGCCUGGGCCUUCCAAGAAUCCAGGAACUUCGCUUCAUCAGAACGGUUGUGUGUCUUCCUGUGGAACAGAGAUUACAAACAAAGGAACUGCUCCAGCACAGUAUGGCCGAGUUGGCUAUUAUGAAACUUGGAACUUUGAUCGAGAUUGUCUAAAUCUUCGUGCAGAAAACGCCAAUACCGAUGGCAGUUACACGCACAUGCACUGGGCAUUCGCUGGAAUCAAUUCGAAUGACUGGACAGUCAAGAUCAAUGACACGUUUGGUCAAUGGAAAGACUUCAAAGAGCUUGAUCUUAAACGCAUCAUUUCGUUCGGUGGCUGGGGAUACUCGACAGAGCCUGCGACAUAUGAUAUCUUGCGACAAGCAAUGGCGACCCCCGAGGCCCGUACCACUUUUGCGACUAAUGUUGCCAAAUUUGUGAAGGAUGAGGGCAUUGAUGGCGUGGACUUUGACUGGGAAUACCCAGGGGCUACAGAUAUCGAUGGCACUCCUCCGGGCUUUGCGACAGAUGGCCCCAAUUAUCUCAAAUUUUUGACCACUAUGCGCUCCAAAUUAGGGACAGGAUAUACCUUGUCUAUUGCCGCUCCGGCAUCCUACUGGUAUCUCAAAUCAUUUCCCAUCAAGAACAUGGCCAAGCAGCUUGACUACAUUGUUUACAUGACGUACGACUUGCACGGUAUGUUGGAUUCUUUCUUCGGUCGAGUAACAGAGCUAACCUAUGCAGGACAAUGGGAUGCUGGUAACCAGUGGGCCACAGAAGGUUGUCUUGAGGGAAAUUGUCUUCGCAGUCAUGUCAAUCUCACCGAGACUGAAUACGCACUUUCUAUGAUCACCAAGGCGGGUGUCUCGACAAAUAAGAUCUUUGUCGGCGAGUCAAGCUACGGCCGGUCAUUCAAGAUGUCAGAGAAGGGUUGUACAGGACCUGACUGCAACUACGAGGGCACACGAUAUGAUUCCAAAGCAAAGAAGGGUGUCUGUACAGAUACUGCUGGUUAUAUAUCCAAUGCUGAGCUUGGCCGGAUCAAAAGCUUGAACACCAACGUGAAAUCUUGGCACGAUGGGGGCUCCAACAGUGACAUUAUGGUGUACGAUGACACUGAAUGGGUCGCGUAUAUGUCCCCAGCCACCAAAGGCACCCGUCGCUCUUACUGGGAAGGCAUGAACUUUGCCGGUACCAUUGAUUGGGCAGUCGAUCUGCAGGAAUACACAGACGAUGACUUAGCAGGCCCAGAUGGCGACAGCAUGGACGAUGGCUUCCCAAUCCCGGCCUUGCCUGAAUGCAAAGGGUCAUACACUACUCUGGAGGCCAUUCAAGACGACGUAGCCAAGAUACCUAGAGCCUGUGUGUCCCAAUACAUACUUAAGGUCUUGAAAGACACUCUUGAUGACGCCUUGAAACGUUAUGACAGCAUGAUAGCAGACGACUAUGACAAAGACUUCGACUACUACGCUCAAGCCGUGGUCGACAGUGGAAAGGAUCAAGUCGAAAGCUUCAUGUACGAGAAUGGCUCGAAAUACUUCACCUGCAUUGUGACCGAGGAGGUUCCCGCCUGUAACUAUUGUGAAAGCCAGUGGGGGGAAGACAGCGACGUCUACUGUCGUUACUGCGAGGAUUACGAUAAUGGCUGGGACUCAAUUUGUGACCAGCCCGAGGUCUACUGUGAAAGUGCAGAGGUCAGGUACAAGAACGUGACGGAGGAAUGUCCGCCUGAUUACUCGUUGCGUGCGCAGUUACCUCCACAAGAUUCGCAUUGGUCACAGUCGGUGUACUGGCAUCUGGUGGCCUCCAAGGCCAAGAGUUUCUGGGCAGACUUGUAUACCGAGAAAGGCAUUGCUCAGGAGAACAUCAAAUGGGAAGAUGUCCAUCAUUAUGAGUGUGCGCCUAGCGACAAACAAUGUGGAAACCGAGAUUGGGAUUACAACUUCCCUGUGCCCGAUGGGUACGACAAGGAAGACGUACUCAAUCCGAAAGACGUUGUGUCAGACGCUCACAAGAAUGUCACACUCCUCAGCUCUGAGAUGACUAGGGCCCUGGAUGUUAUGACAAAAGGGUCUUUCUCAAUCGAUGCUGAUGAUUUGGUCGACGCAUUGUCGCUUCCAAUCUCUAUGGUUGCGGAUGCCGUUGAUAGCAUGGAGAAGGUCAAGGAAAUUGGAGAGGAAAUCGAGGAGGCUCAGCGGGAGGCUAUUCUAAUGGCUUUCCUGACUGCCAUCUUCUUCUUUAUUCCCGUCGUUGGUGAGAUUGCUGGUGCUGUCAGUUCCAUGGCAACGAUUGGCCGAAUUGUCGCGCUGUUGGGUGAAACUGGUAAUGUCGCGCUGGACAUUUACACCAUCGUUGACGACCCCGCUAACGCACCACUGGCUAUUUUUGGCCUUGUUCUCUCCCCAUUGGCUCUUACAGAUGCAGUGGCUAUCGGCCGAGCUGCCAGUGCUCGUCGUUCUAUGUCUGCAGACGAUGUAUCUAAGCUGGGCGAAGGUCUGAACGAGAGGCUGAACAAAAUCAGCAACAUUAAGGAUGUGUGUCGGAUCUGA